AUGACUUUAAUUUUGAAACAAUCAAUUAUAAGAUAUCUUAAUGAAAGUGGUAUGAGUGAAAAUAGAAUAUGGGCAACUGAUGCAGAAAUUGUUUUAUGCGCCAUAUUCAAAGGUUCACUUUUGAAAAACACUAUACCAUUAUACAAUUUGGGUUACUUUGGUUCACCUGUUUUUAUGGUAAAUCCAGCAACUGAUAGCAGUUGUGUGCAAAUUUGCUGGGAAAAAAUCGAAAAUGGUGCUUUGUACGUGGGAGCAAUGAUAAAUAACGAUUAUAAAAAUUGUUUUUGCACUGUUACGCAGGUUGGACAAUCAUUACUUUACGGUGCAAGUCGCAAAAGCAUAAACUUUCUAUUUUCGAUUUUUGAACCAGAAUCUGCAACUUGUUCUAUUGGUUCGUAUAUAAAUUUUCGAGUUCGAAUCAGUUUUUACCUUGAAGGAGAUGAUGAGAGCAAGUUAUACUUUAUUGAUGAUCUCAAUAACUCAAUGAGCUAUUCAGCAAGGAUAAUUAUUACGCAAUUUAUAAAUCUCGGACGAGGUUUUCAUACGUCUGUAUCAACAGAAAGAAAUAACCAGAGUAAACUUUAUUCUUCAGUGAAAGAAACGUAUUCUGGAAAUCUAAAUUCUAAGUUUGAAAACUUUUAUGCUUUAGAAACGAAGAUUGGCGAUAUGUCUGUUCCAUAUAACAACACGGAAUGGGCUGUGUUGGUUUAUUCCUCUAGUAAAUCUUUAUGGGUAACAUUGACUCCAUUUACAAUAAAACGUUCAGUAAGAAAAUGUGGCCUUCGCAUAGCAGUAUCAAACUAUACUUUGAAUCAAAGCAUGUUUAUUAACUUCAAUAUGACAACUAGCGCUGACUGUGUUGUUGAUCUUGAAAACGUCACUAUCCUCGUUGAACAUCACCGAAGAUUCAAGCUAAAAAGAAUAACUUGGGAUUAUUUAAGCAUCAAUCCAACAUCACUUAUUAAUCAUACUAACUUUAAUCUUAUCUAUGUGCAAAAAAUCUACAUUGAUUCUUUUUUAAAAUUUUCUGCGGAUUAUGAGAUUGAUACACUACCACUUGUAUUUGGAAAAGAGGUUAUCUCAGUAAUAACAACUAUUCAUUGUAAUGGAUACUCAGAUGAUAAACCUGUAAAGUUUUUCAAGCGAAUGGCUUUUAAUAGAGUUCUCGAAUUAUUAACACAGAAAGCAACAAUACAAGUCUACCCAAAAUUAAAUAUAAAAAAUGAAACAAUGUUUCAAAAUCAGACACAUGCGUGUGAGUGCAUGCCUAUUGAAAAAAGACAGCAAAGUCUAUGCUUCCAACUUGAAAAAAGUACUGGCAAAAUUAUAUAUUUUCCGAUUCACGUGUUAGAAAUUAUUGGUUACGAACCCUUGACAAAUAUUUUUUACGGAAAAACAUUUCGAGAAAAUAUUAUUCAAGUUGAUAUUUAUGGUAAAAAACCUGUCGUUAUAAUAACAGAAGAUAAAUGGUUAUCUGUUAUGAGUUCAUCUAGUUUUCAAAUGAAAAGAUAGUAAAAUAAAAUAAAUUAAAAAUUAAAAUUCCAAUAGUAUCUUUA